UUUGCGGUUUAAAUUGAGGCACGCAUUUUAUCCUUUUGUUUUGGUCAAUUUAAAGUGAUAAAACACAAACAAGCCGUAAAAAGUUAUAUUGUUUUUGUCUGAUAAACAUUUAGGGAAAGUUAAGUACAAGAUUGAAACUUGAUUUUAAGACUAUUUCUCUGAAAUAAAUUCAAAAUGUCCACACGACCCCGACGCGCUGCAGACAAAAAGAUAGUUAUUGAGGUCUCUGAUUCUGAUGCCGAACUGAAUCUCUCGGGAACCGAUGAUUAUAGGCCGCCGGAAACCAAGAACCGCAGGAUAGAUCGGGCUGGAAAUGCCCAGGCGGGCGGUUCUAAACGUCAACGCUGGCCCACAUCGAAGAGCACGGCUGCUGAGGCACCAGCUCCGAAGAGAAAGCGAGCAAGAAAGGAAAAAGAGGGCGAGAAUGCUUGUCCCAAUGAGACCAAUGCGGAACAGGAACCUGAGGUGGAGGUCCCACCUCCAACAAUACCUCAGCCGGCUGCAUUUGUUGCCAGUUCAACCACUGGACGGAGUUCCUUCUGGGAGCGGCGCAAGGUGUGGAAUAUCCACGAGCUGCUCGCCGAAACGGAGAAUAUCCAACCGCAGGCAGCGCGAAAUAUUGUACAGCUGUUCGAGAACGAAAACACCAUUCCUUUCAUUUGCCGCUACCGACGGGAUCUGGUGGAUCACAUUGCUCCAGAUCGACUGAGGGACAUUCGUAACACUUACACAGAGAUCGUGGAUCUGCGCAAAAAGGCAGAGAACAUUGUUAGCCAGCUGGAACGUGAAAAUGUCCUGAAUACGGAGAUUCGGGAGGAGCUAAUGUGUGCUAAAACCAACGAGGAACUGGAGUUCCUAUACGCCCCUUACAAGCCAGCCAGUAAGGGAACGUUGGCGGAACGGGCGAAAGCUUUGGGUCUGGAGGAAUACGCUGAUCGGUUGCUCUACGGUUCGGCACCCAAAGUAAGCCUUUCAGAAAUUGUGGAUCCCGGAAACGAAGCCCUUGCAACGGAGGCGUUGGUGAUGACUGGGAUCAGCAACAUUAUUAUACAUAACAUCAGCAAAAACACAAACGUUUUGGAGGAGAUUCGAAGACUGCAAAAUGUCCAUCGAGUAUUUCUUAAGUGCAGCAAGACCAAGGAGUCAACUUCCUCAAAAGCAAGUUCCAGCAAAGCAAGUAGCAGCAAGGGAUCCAAUGGCAUCGUUGACAAAAAGUUGGACAGCUCAAAGUUCGAAAAUUAUUUCAACUUCCAGGGUGACAUUAAGACCAUAAAGCCGCAUCAGAUGUUGGCAAUCAAUCGUGGAGAGAAGCACAAAUUUCUAACUGUCAAAUUGGAGACGAGUGAUUACCUCAAACGGGAUCUAAUGCGCUUUAUAACCGAUCAGUACAUGACCACAGGUCUGCAGUAUCCCCUCAGGAGAGAGGUAUUCACAAAAUCGCUGGAGGAGUGCUAUUCCAAGAAAUUGCAACCUUUGAUGUGCAGGCAGAUUCGCGCUGAUCUGAAGGAAAAGGCCCAAAAGGCAGCCAUCGAUGUGUUUGCCAAGAACCUGAAGCAACUGCUCCUUAUGUCCCCGCUGAAAGGCGAGCGCAUUCUGGGCAUAGAUCCUGGUUACACGAACGGCUGUAAACUAGCAGUGAUAUCCGAGACGGCUGAUGUGUUGGACACUGGUGUUAUUUACCCCCAUGGUGCCAGGUCCAAUAAGCGGGCUGCCGAGCAAAAGCUGGUUCAGUUCCUCUCAGAUCACAAUUGCAAAAUUAUUGCCCUGGGCAAUGGAACUGCCUGCCGCGAAACGGAGCACUGGCUAACAGAUAUGUUCCACGCAGGAAUCCUAGACAGCAGGAGCAUUCGAUACAGCAUUGUUAACGAAAAUGGAGCUUCUGUUUACUCUUGCAGCGAUGUGGCCACCAAGGAAUUUCCCAAAAUGGAUACCAACGAACGGAGUGCAGUUUCUAUAGCGCGUCGCUUGAACGAUCCGCUUAGUGAGUAUGUGAAGAUAGAACCCCGUCAUCUGGGCGUUGGAAUGUACCAGCACGAUGUAUCCGAGAAGAUUCUUACGGAAUCGCUGAAGGACGUCGUCUCCGAGUGUGUCAGUUAUGUGGGCGUGGACCUCAACACCGCCAGUCUCAGUGUGCUGAAGCACAUUGCCGGUCUGUCGGAGAAGAAGGCCGAGAAGAUCAUUGAGUACCGAUCGCAGAAGGGACCAUUUAAGUCUCGCAAGGACUUACUAUCUGUGAGAACCAUAGGCGAAAAGUCAUUUGUUCAGUGUGCCGGCUUUGUGCGCAUCGAACCGCUCAGCGUUGGAGGUCAACUGCAGAACCCAUUGGACUGCACCUGGGUGCAUCCCGAGAGCUACAAAGUUGCGGAAAGUAUCGUGGCAGAAUGUGACUUAAAGCUGUCGGAUGUCGGCAAGGCUGGCUUUAUAGCUCGCAUCAAGGAGUUUGCCGCAUCCCAAUCAAAACUCGAUCGCAUAGCCAAGCAACACAAAACGCCCAAGGAGCGGUUGGAGUUCCUCUUGGUGGCGCUGCAGCGGGAAUUGCUUCAAGAUUAUCGUGCUGAUCUGGACAAGAGGCCGCUCUUCAAACAGGGCCUAACACGACUGGAUGACCUCAGCGUGGGAGAUGUUUUAACGGGUGCCGUGACCAACGUUACGCAGUUUGGCGCCUUCGUGGACGUUGGCGUGGAGCGCGAUGGCCUAAUACACAAGAGCCACAUGAACAACAGCGAACUGAGCAUCGGAGAUCGCAUAGUGGCAUCGGUGGUGAAGGUGGAUAUGCAGAGGCGCCAGUUGGGACUAAGAUUGGAGAACAUGGUGAUGGAGACGGACACUUCGCUUACCUUUAAGACUGAAGACUAAAGACAAACUGCAGGAUUUGUUUAAUGGUUUUUGGAAGUAUUUAAUGAUUUAUAUCGUAAUUGUUUGGUUGCUCACAUGAGCAUUCAUAUAUACUAUAUAUAGUUCAUAUAUAUACGUGUAUAUGCAUAGUAUAACGGCAUUCCUAAAGUUACUCAAAGCUUAUCAGUUAGUAAUAAAUGUUCACAUAAAAAUCACCGUCUCUACGUA